UGAAUUACAGAAGAAUUGCCAUAAUCUUUCACAGAGCAGUGCCUAAAGGAUAAACGAAAAUGGUGGGGUGUUUGGUCGGGACAAAUACAUUCUCCCCACCUUUCGAAACAAAUUCCCCUACUCCUCUAAAACGUUAGCACGUCGCGGUUCGCUAUCGCACGGAAUCACGGACAAAUCAAACAUGGCGAUUCAGUCGCUGUUUGCAGUGAAGGCGUACGGUUCGUAAAACGGUAGUGGAAGGUAUUGGUGGAUGAAAUAGUGUUUUUAAAUGGUAAUGAUUGUUUGUACCACUGCGGCUCGCCGAAUUUUGGUCAAUAUUACAAAUAUGGAGAAUCAUGAUGUCAAAACAGUAAUGGAGAAAGUGUCAGAUGGCAUUGAUAAAGUACGUGACGUGAAGGGCGUACAAGCAGAGCCGACGCCUGCGGCGUCAUCGUUACCUGCUUCGGACCAAGUGUCGCUCUCUACUGGAGAAAAUAUAAACAAAUAUGAAUAUAUCAAUAGGAAAACCUGUUCUAAAUUAUUAGUAAAAAAUUCUAAAAAAUUUGAAAGUGGUAGUGGUAGUGGAGAUCAAGAGGGAGGUCAGCAUGAGGAUGGAAUUGAUAUUGCAGCAAAAAAAAGAAAGACUCGUAGAGGUAAACCUAAGCAUAGAAAAUUAAAACCAUAUUCAAAACAACAGUUAUCGUAUCACCAACAGCUGCGACAUAGAUAUAGAGGUCGAUUAGCAAAAACUGGUAGACAGCCUCCAGCACCAUAUAAUACUACACAAUUCCUUAUGGACGAUCACAGUGAUCUUCCAAAUCUUGACCAAAAGCUUUUAGAAGAAUUAUCUGCUACCUUUCAAAAACCAUCAGCCCCUUCUCGUACACGAGAUUCUAGUUUCAGUGUUGACUCUGAUGAGGAUUAUUUCUAUUCGUCUCCAGAAGAUGAAGAAGAAUUCUUGACAAAAGAAUUCUCAACUGCAUAUGAAGAUCUUCAUGCUGAAAGAUUAAGUACAUUAAGUAAAUCAGAACUGAUACAGGAAUAUCUGCAAUUAGAAGCAAAAGUAGAUUUAUUGACAAAACGACUACGUGGUAAAAAUUUUCAUCAAACAGAACAACGGGACUUGGAAAGCAACAGUAGUAGUACAGAUUCAGAAUCAGCAAAGAAAUUAAAAAUCUGUCAACAACGGAUUGAUGAUUUAAUACAACAAAAUGAACAGUUAAAGCGAGAAAAUGAAUCAUUAAGGGCUGAAAGGCAUGGCAGUCCAGUUUCAAGUGUUGAUAGCGAAAGCGACAGUGAUAGUACAAGUGAUGGGAAUAGGAGCAGCUGUAGUCUGGGAUUUGUUUAUAUAAGUAAAAGUAAUCGAGGUACAGACACCUCUGUGUCUAGUACUGAUAGUAAAAGUGAUACUUGUGAUAGUAGCUCAAGUGAGAAUUCUAAAGCAUCUAUGACCCCAGUUAAUCUUUCAAAUGGCCAUGUACCCAUUCAAAAAAUUGAUGAUCUCCCUACAUAAAUUAUAAAGAGCUGUUUUUACAUACAAAAGUCUAUUCAAUGUUUUAUGAAUUAACGUACAAGUCAUAUUAAAUAUGUCACUGGUCCUGCAUAUUUGCUUUACUCCUAUCAGUUUAGGAAGCAAGACUGGUUUAAAUGCAACAUUGUUGUAUGUACUUAUGCAACAAAAAUCCUCUUCCUGAUACAAGAUAUGUAACCUUAGAUUAUCCUUAAAUGUGCCCUUACAAUUUCUUUUCCAUAUUUCUGUUAAGACUGUUUUGUGUAAA